GAGGUGGAUGGUGUACUCGCGAGCCACAACGUCGGCGAUGGCCGAACGCUGGGUCUUUCCGGAGGGCUUGGUGGACGACAUUCUGGUGGGAAGUGAGUUAGCCGCUGCACAGCGUCUCUGUUGGUUUCUGCAAUGGCGAGCAGAAAAUAAAUCGAGUCGAAUCGAGGGGGAAACUGCCAGCAAUUACGUACUUCGGAGACGUGGGAUCUCUUGCACUCGGAAUCGGGUUGAGUGGUGUCGUGAGGUCGCGGGCUUUUGCUGGGUUCAAUAAACCUACCUCUGGGGAAUUUUGCACCUGGUUUUUCCGCGAAUUCUGUCUGGUGCGCCGACCACUGGGCUCAAGGCACUCGCGUAACUGCCCUAAAGUGGAAUGGCGCCUGUGCUCUUCCAGCCCCACCUUCACCUUUAGACCGCCAAGGUUCUGGCGGUCGGCAGCCCACUGGCAGACAGCUGCCUAGGUAUCAUCUCGGAAUGGGCCAAUCAUGACUCCACAGCCAAUCUCAAAAGAUGAAUUGGCGCUGGAAGCUUGAGUGGAAACUCCUGCUCAUCAGACUCUCAUGCGUGCAGGGGCAGCCGUGCGCCUUGGAAGCUCUUCAUGCCAACUCCUGCGCCCGCCUGUUCCAGGUCUCAACGACAUUCCAUCAUCGCCAGUCUUUGCGCGACCCGAGACUGUUCCCUGGUGCGCUGAGCGCACUUGUCACUCUUUUCGUACGCCCUCAGCAAAUUCGUCCUAAUUUUCCGCACUACCCCAUCGACCGACCCCAGCUACCCCGGCGACACUUGAAAGUUACCACUCUACCCGAGCAACAUCCUCAGCGACCCUCUCUGAAAAGUCAAUUUACGCGGUCAUCUCAAAACCGAGCUCUUCCAACUCUCCAACGUCAAUUCACGAAUCACACCCCGAACUAGCGACGCCUUUCCCCAGGACCACGCAAAGCUCCGUUUGUCGCUGCGAUCAUUCUUUGAAUCAUUUCCUGUCGACUUUAUUAACGGCGAAGUCGACUGGUGAAAAUGAACGACCCGAUGGCAUCAACACCCUCACCGGUGCCCGAUUUGAAUCGGAACCGACUACCCACCCUCUUCGAGGUCUUGAGUCGACGGACAUUGCCCCCUGUCGAUUUGUUCUCCUUUUAUAUUUAUAUGCGGGACCAGCAGCGCUCUGUCGACUAUCUUGAUUUCUGGCUUGAUGUCGCCCAGCACAUGUCCCUGUGCCGCCACUAUGUUCGGGAGCUGCGCCGAUCAGUUUUGGUAGGUACCCCAGAUUUGGACAAGACAUCCAAACGAUCUUCGGCCAUCUUGGAAGGCCUAGGUGACCUGAACCACUCGGCCGCUGGGCCGUCCAUGUACGCGACGGAGAAGGAAAGAGAUCAAGAUGCUCAGAUGUCAAUGUUUUUGCGGGAAGAUAGGAACCCCCACGAUUCACCACACAGCAGCAAUGGGAGACGCGCUCGGGCAAGCACCAACCUUAGCAGCACCCCUCGCGAACCUAAUACCGACUCAAACUCUCCGGCUCACACAGUUGCCCGGCAAGAUAUCAGAGCUUCCGCCGAGAAGAUCCUCUACACUUUCCUUCUUCCCGGUGCGGAACGCGAGAUAACGCUCCCGGGUUCAAUUACCCAGGAUGUAACGACAGCGAUCGAAGAGUUCGGGCGAGAUGACCCAGAGGUUUUCGAUGUGGCCAAGGACUACGUUUUCCAAGCGAUGGAGCGAGAUGCGUUCCCCGGCUUUCUUAGAAUGAAGGCCCUUGGAAAUCUUAUCCCACCAACACUGAUCAUGAGACUCAUCUUUGGCUUGGUCUCCAUGUUUGGCGGUUUCUGGGCUGCGUUCAUUUUGAUAUUCCUCAAUAAGGACCGAAUGACUCGCUGUUGGCUCAUCCUCCCCUUCACACUAGGCGUGUACUUUCUCGCCUCCUACCAGUACUCACUCGACCCAGUCCUUGCCCUUCUCGGGUUCAGCGAGUACACCCCCUUCAACUUCUCCAGAAUACGAGAACCAUAUGUCCGAAAGCUCCUCGCCCGACGAGCCAUCAUGGUACUCGCCGUGACAUUGCUCGUCGAUGCCGCGUUAUGUGUGCUGUUCAUCCUGGUGCCCGGCAAACGACUCUGAAUCCCGAGCGAGAAGAACGUUUCGGGAGCUUGACCAGGCUGGUUUCCAUUCUCACUCUCGAAACCAAAGUACACGAAAAAACAGCAUAGCGUAGCAUCUUCGAAACCACCUUAAUCCCACGGCCGCCAAAGCAACUCUUACGAGAUAUAUUCCGUCCUAGGGUAAUGGAUUUAACGAGGCAGGAGCAUUUUCUUUUUUCUCGUAUUUUUCGUAUUUUUUCUUCUUUUUACUGGCUUUUCCCUUUUUUUUAUGACGAAGUUAUGAGGUCCUGUAGCCAAACUAGGAAAUACUAGUUUCAAAAAUGGGUAUUUUCUCCUCGGGAGUGCUUUUAUUUUCUGAUUUAUGGAGGGGUAUGGAUGGCCACAUCUGUAGUCUCUGUCGCUAUUGUUGUUGUUUUUCAUUUCAUCACAUUCAUUUCACGUACCAGUUUUUUUUAAAGAGCAAAUCAUGUAACUUUUUACUACUAGGGCAACAACAAAUGGGGGGAUGAAAGGUGGGUU